UCGGUUUUUCAGCAUUCCAAAUUUUGAUGCUCCGUGUAUGGAUCUGCGAGAUCCAUCUUCUUCCAAUUGUUUUUUCCAACAAAAUGUUUCAAUGAUCUCUGUAAUAUGAACAGAGUCUGUAAUUUCUUCUCAUCAGAAUCAAUCAGAUCCAUUGUAGAGAUAGAGAGAUAGAGAGAUAUAGGCAAGGAGGAUUAGAGUUUCAUUUGAGGAGAAGAGAUAUAGCCAAAGAUGUAUAUGGCUUACGGAUGGCCGCAGGUGAUCCCGCUUCUAGAAGGAUCGUGUCCGUCUUCUCAGCGAGUCGUGUACCUUAAGCUCGCCGGCCGGCUAUUGCUGGUUGUUUCUCCGUCUCACUUGGAGCUUUGGGGUUCUUCUCAGCAACGAGUGAGGUUGGGAAAGUAUAUGAGAGAUGACAGGUCGGUGCGAGAAGAAGGAGAGAAUUUGCAAGCUGUGUGGAGUCCAGACUCCAAAUUGAUUGCUCUUCUUACAUCAUCAUUCUUCCUUCAUAUAUAUAAAAUUAAGUUUACUGAUAAACGAGUAAAACCCGGAGAGAGACAACCCUCGGAGUUGUCUUUUGCGACCAUAUCUCUUUUGCUAAGUGAGCAGGUCCCUUUUGCUGGGAAGGACUUGUCUGUGAGCAAUUUUGUGAGGGACAGCAAAACUAUGCUUUUGGGACUUUCUGAUGGAUGUUUAUAUAGUAUUUCCUGGAAAGGAGAGUUUGGUGGAGCUUUCAGUAUUGGCUCCCACCCUUCUGAUAGCAACGAUGAUAGACUCUUGUCCUACUCUCUUGGUAAUGGGCUAGUCUCUGGAGUAGCUUCAGCAGCACUUGCAUCUGAUGAUGAAUUCUCAACAAAAUCGGCUAUUGUUCAGCUGGAACUCUGCACUCGCUCGAAGUUAUUGUUUGUGUUAAAUUCUGAUGGGCAGCUAGUAGUAUGCUCUGUGAAUAAGAAAGGUUUAAAGUACACUGAGAGCAUUAAAGCUGAGAAGAAGUUGGGUGGUGAUGCUGUUUGUGCAUCAGUGGCUUCAGAGCAACAAAUUCUUGCUGUGGGUACAAGAAAAGGGAUGGUGGAAUUAUACGAUCUGUCACAAUCGAUCUCUCUCUUACGAACAGUUUCUUUGCAUGACUGGGGUUAUUCAGCGGAUUACACUGGGCCUGUCAAUAACAUUGCAUGGACGCCUGAUAAUUCUGCUUUUGCAGUUGGGUGGAAGUCGAGAGGACUUGCAGUUUGGUCUGUUUCUGGAUGUCGAUUGAUGUCAACUGUCCGCCAAAUUGGAUUGAGUUCUACAUCUUCCCCUAAAAUUAAUCCAAAACAAGACAGUAAAUACGAACCACUGAUGAAUGGUACUUCAGCCAUCCAGUGGGAUGAAUAUGGAUAUAGACUAUUUGCUACAGAGGAGGCAUCAAGUGAUAGAAUUCUUGCAUUUUCUUUUGGGAAAUGUUGCUUAAAUAGAGGAGUUUCAGGAAAAACUUAUGUUCGUCAGGUAAUGUAUGGUGAUGAUAGACUACUGAUGGUUCAGGCGGAGGACACUGACGAGCUUAAGCUUUUACAUCUAAAACUUCCAGUUUCUUAUAUUACCCAAAAUUGGCCUGUUCAACAUGUGGCAGCUAGCGAGGAUUGGAAAUACUUGGCGGUUGCUGGUUUACAUGGCCUGAUUUUGUAUGACGUUAGGUUUAAGAAGUGGAGGGUAUUUGGAGAUGUCAGUCAAGAACAACAGAUUCAUUGCAAGGGUUUGUUAUGGUUGGGGAAGAUAGUCGUAAUCUGUAACUACAUCGAAGCUUCUGAGACAUAUGAACUGCUUUUCUAUCCAAGAUAUCACCUUGAUCUGAGCUCUUUACUUUGUCGUUAAGUGCUGCUUGGCAAACCAAUGGUGAUGGAUGUGUACCAGGAUUAUAUACUUGUAUCUUAUCUUCCGUUUGUCAUCCAUGUUUACCAUGUGAAGAUAUAUGGCGAAUUGACACCUUCAAGCAAAGCAGAUCUACAGCUUUCCACAGUAAGAGAGUUGUCAAUCAUGACUGCAAAGAGCCAUCCAGCAGCAAUGUUCUUUGUUCCUGACCUGCACCCGAGAGAAGGCGAGUUGGAUAAUGAUAAUUUGUCUUCUGAUUUGUCAGACAGGGAACCCUCAAGAUGUCUUAUACUGAGGGGAAAUGGGGAGCUUUCACUUCUUGAUUUGGUUGAUGGACGAGAGAGGGAACUUACAGACUCAGUUGAACUGUUUUGGGUGACAUGUGGUCAAUCAGAGGAGAAGACAAAUCUUGUUGAGGAAGUAUCUUGGCUAGAUUAUGGGCACCGAGGAAUGCAGGUUUGGUAUCCUUCUCUAGGGGAUGAUCCCUUUAUGCAAGAGGAUUUCCUGCAGUUGGAUCCAGAGUUGGAAUUUGAUCGUGAGGUGUAUCCCUUGGGACUUUUACCAAAUGUGGGUGUCGUUGUCGGAGUUUCUCAGAGAAUGUCAUUUUCGGCUAGCGCAGAGUUUCCUUGUUUUGAGCCUACACCCCAGGCUCAGACUAUACUACAUUGCCUGCUCCGCCACCUCCUUCAGAGAGAUAAAAAUGAAGAGGCGUUACUCUUAGCACAAUUAUCGGCAGAGAAACCUCACUUUUUCCAUUGUCUGGAGUGGCUUCUUUUUACUGUUUUUGAUGCAGAGAUUUCUAAGUAUCCAAUGCUAUCAAUCUUUAUAAAGCCAAAUCCAAACAGGAACCAGAUUUCAGGACCUGGGCAUCUUAAAAAGUUAUCCCUUUUGAGAAAAGCCUGUGAUUUAAUAAAGAAUUUCCCGGAGUACUAUGAUGUGGUUGUGAAUGUAGCCAGAAAAACCGAUGCCCGUCACUGGGCUGAUUUAUUUUCUGCUGCUGGGAUUUCAACAACGUUGUUUGAGGACUGCUUCCAGCGAAGAUGGUAUCGAACCGCAGCUUGCUAUAUACUUGUGAUUGCCAAACUAGAAGGUGUUGCUGUCAGUCAGUACUGUGCAUUACGGCUAUUGCAGGCGACACUUGAUGAGUCCCUCUAUGAUCUUGCUGGAGAGCUAGUGAGGUUCUUACUAAGAUCUGGAAGAGACAUUGAGCAGGCGCCAACAGAAUCAGAUUCAUUAUCACCUAAGCUUCUCGGGUUUCUUAUUUUCUGCUCCAGCCACAAGAAAUCAUCACUCGAUAAGAGCUCUUCUUUCAAAGAGCAAAGUCCUCAUGUUGCUUCUGUUAAGAGCAUACUUGAAAGUCAUGUCAGUUACUUGAUGUCUGGUAAAGAACUUUCAAAGCUUGUUGCAUUCUUCAAAGGCACCCAGUUUGAUAUUGUGGAUUUUCUUCAACGAGAAAGAUAUGGUUGUGCACAGCUGCAAAAUUUUGCUGCAGGACUUGAACUGAUUGGGGAAAAGCUGCAAAUGAGUGAGCUACAGAACAGGUUAGAUGCAGAGUUUCUAUUGGCGCAGAUGUGUUCUGUCAAAUUCGAAGAAUGGAUAGUUGUUCUUGCCACUCUUUUACAACGGUCUGAGGUUCUUUAUGAUAUUUUCCGGUAUGAUCUACGGUUGUGGAAAGCAUAUAGCCUGACUUUAGAGAUACUUGAAGGAAGGGGAUACAGAUUAAGGUAUCCUUGGGUUGGUGUUGUAAACCGGUCUCAAGCUGACAUUAAUAAAAGUGUUGAUAUGAUAGCUGCUCGUCGACCUGAACGUGAUUACUUCCAGACUUCCCCAGAAUACUCUGAACUGACAGAAGGGGUUCAGAGUAUUUAGGAAAGAUGCUCUCUAAGCGUUUGGAAGUUGUUAGCAAGUCGAGAAUCCCGGGACUUCAGUCUCUUAUCACAAAGACUAUUUCCGAGUUAGAGACAGAGCUAAGCCAUCUUGGGAAGCUUGUAGCAGCUGAUGCUGGUGGAAAACUUUAUAAGAUUAUGGAAAUUUGCCGGGCCUUUGAUCAAACUUUUAAAGAACACCUCGAUGGCACACGUUCAGGUGGUGUGAAAAGAUAAAUUCUGUGUUCGACAAUCAAUUCCCAGCUGCCAUUAAAAGACUGCAAUUCGACAAACAUCUCUCUAUGGACAAUGUACGGAAACUGAUCACUGAAGCAGAAAGAUAUCAACUUCAUCUUAUAGCUCCUGAACAAGGUUAUCGCCGCCUAAUAGAAUCAUGCUUAGUCUCCAUUAGAGGCCCUGCUGAAGCAGCAGUUGAUGCGGUUCAUUCCAUUUGCAAGGAUCUUAUCCACAAAUCCAUGGGCGAAACAUCUGUAAGAAUAUCUCUGCUCAAAGUCAUAAACCCAACAACAACAACAACAACACUUAUGAGUUGUGAACCAUGGUUAUGUGCUUUCGUCAUGACUACAAGAACUGAAGCAAUAUCCAACACUGAGAGUAGAAGUAUCAGGUGCAACCAUGGAUUCAUUGGAUCAAAUGAGAGAAGAGAGCAGGAAAGCAACUCUGUAACAAGUGGACAUGGAGUCUGGUUAUUUAUCGGUCGAGUUCUCCCACAAGAUUCUGAAAAAGAUGGGAAUCCGACACAUUAGAUUUUCAACAGAUACAACGAUGCCUAACUCCGAAGAAUCGGUUUGAAUGUGUUGUCUUAUGUGAACAUGGUCUGUUAUGAGUAAGUAUGUUAAAAUGGUUUGGUGUUGAAAACAGAUGAGCAAAUUGUUGGAUGAGGAUCCUGCGGUUCAGCAGCGAAGAACUUCAAUUGCAAAGAGGCUGGAAUUGUAUAGAAGUGCUCAGACGGAUAUUGAAGCAGUUGCUUGCUCCAAGUAGACAUUUUUUUUGUUUCCUUAGGAUACGGUUCCUUCAUUUUUUUUUAUUUUUUUUUUGUCUCUUUUCCUUCCCAUUUGUCUUUUUUUUUUAAUCUGGUGUUCGAAUUGACAUUGUUUCUGAAUAAGUUUAAAGUUUUGUACGAGGAUAGUUGGGGCUGGAAUCAAAUUAUUAUUACAAAAGUAAA